GUGGGACUGCCUCUGCACUGGCUGCUGCCUGUUUCCAUCGUAACAAAAAGGAAAAUCAAAAUUGAAAGCAAGAAAGAUAAGAAGUCCCAAGUCCCCCGGAAGAGCCUCAAUCAACCGGACGGCCCAGCACUCAAAGGAAACAAAACAAAAGGGGGAAAAGAAAAGAGAAAAAACAGAAGGGGCAAAAACCCCUCAAAGGGAAAAAGAAGAGGAUAGGAAGGGAGGAGAGAUGCGAUCGUGGUUGUGGCGGUGGUGGUGGGGGAGUAGUAUCAGAAGGACGUCGUCCGAUGCGGCAAAAGAAGAGGGAAGUGAGGAGGAAAGAGGUCGUUAAUGGCCUUGCAAAUGACUUGGCAGCCGAGUCUCCUCCACCAGAAACGCAAGAAUGGUCCUCCUCUAGGGUUGAAGAAUCUCGGCAACUCCUGCUAUCUCAACAGCGUCCUACAGUGCUUGACAUACACACCUCCCCUCGCCAAUUUCUGCCUCAAUCACCUCCAUUCUUCGCUCUGCGAUUCCGCUGUGGAUCGAAAACGCGAGUGCCCCUUCUGCAUACUGGAGAAGCGAAUUGUUCGGUCUUUGAGCAUGGAUCUCACCCAGGACGCUCCCUCCAAGAUCCAGAGCUGUCUCCGGAUAUUUGCAGAACACUUUCGAUUGGGGCGGCAAGAGGAUGCCCACGAGUUCUUGCGUUAUGUAAUUGACGCCUGUCACAACACUUGCCUUCGUCUCAAAAAGUUGAGGCGCAAGGGGAACAACGAUAAUGGGCCCUCUACUACUAGUGUGGUCAAGGACAUCUUUGGGGGUGCUCUGCAGAGUCAGGUCAAGUGUCUCUCUUGCGGGGCUGAGUCCAACAAGACCGAUGAGAUUAUGGAUAUAAGCCUUGAUGUCUUGCAUUUCAAUUCUCUUAAACAAGCAUUACAAAACUUUUUCCAGCCUGAGGUUUUGGACGGUAACAACAAGUACAAAUGUGACAAUUGUAAGAAAUUGGUGUCAGCAAGGAAGCAAAUGUCUAUUCUUCAAGCACCCAAUGUCCUUGUAAUCCAGCUCAAGAGAUUUGAGGGCUUAUAUGGUGGGAAGAUUGAUAAGCUGAUUGCAUUUGAAGAAGUUUUGGUGCUCUCGAGCUAUAUGAACAAAGCAAGCCAGGAUUCACAUCCCGAGUAUAACCUUUUUGCUACUAUUGUGCAUUCAGGCUACUCACCUGAGUCAGGACACUAUUAUGCAUAUAUCAAGGAUGCAAUGGGUCGCUGGUAUUGCUGCAACGAUUCUUAUGUUUCACUUUCAACCCUGCAGGGGGUUUUGUCAGAGAAGGUUUACAUUCUUUUCUUUUCUCGUACUAAUGCAAGGAUCUCACCCCCCAGCAAAGCUUUUGCGUCCCAUAAUGUGAAGAACCGAGAUUGCAAUGGCAACAAUACAUCUAAAAAUCCAAGGACAGCUCUUCCAGUGAAAACAAGGCAUACAAAACAAAAUGUCGAACAUUCCUCUGGAAUGGAUACUUCCACUAUAUCUAAGGUUGAUAAGGUGCCUUCUAGCCUACAGAUUAAAUCGAAUAGCUUUGAAAAAACUGUUUCCAAGAGGGUUCUUGCAACUGGUAAUGGAAAACUUGAUGUGCAUAAGAAUCAAAUAUUGGAAAAGAAUGGGGAUGUGGUGGAGAAAAGCGAGAAAGGUACGCCAUCUUUAGCAAACAGCAAUGGUUUUAGUAUAAAUAAAAGAGUUGAUGCUGCUGAUAGCGUGAAUGGCUUUGUAUCUGCAAAUGAAAAUGAUAAACUUCAGAAUAUUAGUGGUAAUUCGGGAAAAGUGGAUUUGUAUGAGGGUAAUGUUGUGAAAAGCAGGAUGACAGCAGAAGGAAGGUCUAACUUCCAUGAAAUGCAUAAUGGUGGUGUCAAAUGUCCCCCUGGUGUUUCAGGGGUUAAGAGAAAAUCACAGGACAAGGGUUCAUGCAUUUUACUUGCACAAGAUGCUCAUUCUCUGGCAAAAGUUGAAGAAUUCAAAGAUGGUCUCAAGAAGGAAGCUUCUUUGGUUCUGAGAUCUUGUGGUUGGACGGAUAGGCUUUAUAUUUUCAUGCAUUCAAGGAAGAGGUUAUGCGCUCAAAAAUCAGGAGACCCUCCAAGCAGCAAUGAAUCAAAGAAGUCAUUUAUUGCUGAUGCAAAACAAUCUUUCAUCUCACAAAUUCCUGAGUCACUGAAAGAGAAGCUGAUUGAACGUCUAAAAUCAUUCAGCCAGGAGAAACAAGUUUCAGGUCCUUGAACAAGAGCAUGACUCUUGACAUUUGUUGCUGCCAGGAGCUUGGUAUAUAAUCUGUAUUACUAGUAGAUGUUUCAGUGACGGCGAUAUCUUCCAUGGAACAGUAACUCUGGGUGCUUUACCAGCCAGGAAUUGAGAUCAAAAGCUGAGUCCAAAUCUUGCCAGAAAUUUUCCUUUGCAGUUGGUUUUGGCAGAGAAAAAGUCCAAAUGAAUUUUAUUCAUUUGUAUGAUAUAUCCUUUUUGGCAGUAUUUUUAGCAUUUAUCCCAAUUUUAUGAGUACAUCGCCAAAUUUUCCUGCAGAAUGUGGCCUGGUAGGAUCUCGACAGUCAUAUGCCUUCCUUAGUUUUUCCAUCUCAAGUAACUCCUCACUCUCACUCACUCUCUCUCUCUCUCUCUCUCUCUCUCUCUCUCUCUCUCUCUCUCUCUCUCUCCUCCGCUUACCAAAUAAAGACUACAUAACUUGUAGAAGUUCAGUAUUUUAAAACUACCCAAUAACUUCAAAAGCUAUUCAAAGUCUGCAAAA